GCGUGUCAGACAUCAGAGCCGCCGUCCAGGGAUAUUUAUGAGAGUCCCAAUUAAAGAUAGACCCAGCACGGGUGCAGACAUGCUACGGUUAUGGUAAAAAAAGGAUACCCAAACUGCACGCAGAUUGUCUUCUCGUUUUGCGUCGUGCAGUGCCGCCAACCCCCUUUACGCUAGCUCGGAUGAACGCCUCUCUUAUGCAAUUACCCAGGCCAUGCAUUUGUCAAUCUUUUACUCCAUACAAUACAGCUUUAUCGCCAGAUGUGAAAGGCCUCCACGCUAGUGUAGUGUAAUGACCUACUCAUAUAGUACAUGAAUAGGAGGCCUGCAGCUAACGGGUUAAGAUGGCUACGUUUGUAGAGAUCUUUACUGGUUUUACUGGCAUUUUAUUCAGUGCUUCUGGACUCGUGAAGACAACGGCAGUUAAGAGCGAACUAACAGCUGAUAUGGAGAAGAUGUUCCAAGCAUAUGCAAGGGUGUUUCCAUUAGCUCCUUUGGGGUAUGUCCCUGAUGCAGAUUUCUACAGAACCAUGGUGGGAAACAUAGAAAUUGUCCUUGGUGUUUUAUUGAUUCUUGGGAACAGGCGAGCCCAGAAAUUUAGUGCACUCGGUCUUCUAUUCAUGAUGGCAGGAGCAACAUACACAAACCUGAAGUUAGGAUUGUACUCAAUGGCUGGCAUGUCUUCGGCCUUUGCGAUAUCAAUGAUGUGGAUCUACCAUCAAAUGAAUAAGGAUGGAAAAUAAAAAGAGUGGUGUGAAGAAGCUAGGCCAUUGUAUGUCAUUGUGUCCGACUUCUUUACUACUGGUAUAAUCAAGACAACAUGUUAAAUACAACACUCUUUUUCAAAUACAUUUUCAAUGUAUGGACAAAAGAAACUGUCCUAGUUAUCAACAAUCACUGUAAUAUACGGGUAGAGAGUCGCAAACAAUUUUGUGUUGUCCUGGAUAUUUUUUAGUACCCUCUACCAGGGUCGCAGUUAUUAUUGUGGACAUUUCUUGCUGAUGGACCCUGUUAAGUUUGACCAUGAGGAAACAAUUUAUCUCUGCGCGCGCGCCAAAGGCUUUGUACUCACUCUGCAUGAACCGAGCUUCACAACAAUGUGAUAACUGCUCGUUACACAACCAGUCUAAGACCCCAUUCCCAGAGAUUAAAUCGAUCCAACUAGAUUGACCU